AUGGCGUGGCCCUGUAUCAGCAGGGCGUGCUGCAUGGCCCGCUUAUGGAACCAGCUGGACAAGGCUGACAUUGCGGUGCCUUUGGUCUUCACCAAGUACACGGAUGUCUCGGAGAUGCAGCACAUCCAGCUGCAGCCGCCGCUCCGCCCUCCCCAGGGCCGGGUCACCAUAGAAACGCAGCCGUCUCGCGCGGAGACACGCGCCACAACACGGCCGCCGCGCAGGUGCGUCUCCGAGGAGCGCGUGUGCAGCUCGGUGUCGCGCGAGGACUUUAAGCACUGGAAAGUUCGACCGGAGCCGAGCUGUAAACCCAAGAACGAGUACCACGAACCGGAAACGCCGUUCAACAGCGAGACCCAGUACCAGAAGGACUUCAAACCCUGGCCCAUCCCGAAAAGGUACGACCAUCCCUGGAUACCCAAACAGCUUCCCUCCGACGACCGGCCUCCGGACCGGUCCAGGCACGCGAAGCAGCCGGCGGAAGCGGACAGCGGCGUGGAGAAGAGCGCUAUCGCCGACCAGGUGCAGGAGAAAGACCUCCCGCAGGGGCAGGAAAAGAAAACCAAGUCCAUUAAGCAGGAGGGGCAGAAGAAAGUUGUCCUGAAGGUGGAAGGAGAGGGCAAAGGGAGGGCGGCGGCGGAUGCUGUGAACAGGCAGAUCAAACAGGAGAUCACAGCCGACAGCUCGUACAAAACUGAGUACAAGGCUUAUAAAGAUGUGAAGCCGGCAAAGAUGAUCCGGGCCAGGUCCCAGUACCUGCCACCGGAUGAGAAGACCAGCCUAGAGACCAGCUACAGUGCCACAUACAAGGGCCAAGCCCCACUGAAGUCUGCGGACAACAAGGCCCUGGAGAGGAGGAGGAUACGCAGUUUGUACAGCGAGCCUUACAUAGACCCCAUCAAACAGGUUGACAGGUACAGUGCCCUUCGCACUAAGCCCAAAAGGCCCGGAGCCGCAGCGGCGACCAAGCCAGCGAAGAAAGCCAAAGAUAAGCAGAGCGCCGCGCUGAGGGGCUCCAAGAAGACGGCCUCUGAGAACCAGCUCGAGAACCGGCCAGCGGUGGGGGACAAGGAGAAAAGUAAAGAGAUGAACAACAAACUGGCUGAGGCAAAAGAGGUUGUGCUAAAACAGUACCACUACAUACAGCUCUGCCAGCCAAUCCGAGAUAUUGGCUGGGUGCAGACUCUAAAGCAACACCUGUGGGGCUGUGCGCUACCCAAUCCAAGAGACGCUAAGGACGAGGUUCUCCGACCCGGUCAUCAUCAUACCCAGGGUGCUGCUGGAGGAGAACCACCAGCACCACUGCUGGAGAGAGCCGAGCCUCGGAAGAGCAGCGGAGUCGUACGCUUUUCCCUAGAUGGCAACCAGACGGAGUAGCUCUGCCCGUGAGGACGAAGGCAGAUACACCUACAGACUGAUGCUCUGUACUGUAAAUAUUUAGGAUUUGCAACUGAGUUGGAUUAAGACAAGA